AUGACUCCUUGGAAUCUUCUUCUUUUCUUCUUCGGUUUUCAAGCAACAUGCGCAGCCCUCCCGGGGACGUGGGAGCUUCUGGUCCCCGAUGCCGGAAUAGCCUCCAUGCACACGGCGGUGACCCAUUUUAACACAGUCGUCCUUCUCGACCGGACCCACAUCGGUCCAUCAAGAAAACUCCUGCCUGAACACCACUGCCGGCCCAGUCAAGGCGAUCCUUUGUUGAGGCACGGAAGAGACUGUACUGCCCACUCAGUCCUCCUCGAUUUACAAACCAACACUAUUCGCCCACUCACUAUCCUCACCGACACCUGGUGCUCCUCCGGCCAGUUUCUCCCGGACGGCACCCUCCUCCACACCGGCGGAGACCUUGAAGGCUGGAAAAAAUUCCGAAAAUUCACUCCCUGCGAUGCUAAUUCACUCUGUGACUGGGAAGAACUUCAAGAUAUUGAACUUUCCCAAGGGAGAUGGUAUGCUACUAAUCAAAUAUUACCAGAUGGUUCAAUUAUUAUUAUUGGUGGAAAGGCUUCUAAUAGUGUAGAAUUUUUUCCACCAAGGAAAAGCGGGGCCAUAAAGUUUUCUUUUCUGGGUGAAGUUGAGGACAAUCAAAUGGAUAAUCUUUAUCCAUAUGUCCAUUUACUCCCCACUGGCCAACUCUUCAUUUUUGCCAACAAUAAAGCUGUAUUAUACGAUUACAAUACAAAUACUGUAGCAAAAAACUAUCCCAUACUUGAUGGUGGUCCAAGAAAUUACCCCUCUGCAGGGUCGUCGGUGAUGUUGUCUUUAACCGGCGAUUACUCCUCGGCUACUGUUGUAAUUUGUGGAGGAGCUCAAUAUGGGGCGUACUUGGAGAGGACAACUGAUACUCCAGCACAUGGAAGUUGUGGUCGGAUCGAGGCGACCCGGCUGGACCCGGUUUGGGAAAUGGAGGACAUGCCAUUUGGGAGAAUUAUGGGUGACUUGGUGAUGUUGCCCACGGGGGAUGUGCUGAUUAUUAAUGGAGCUCAGGCGGGGACUCAAGGUUUUGAAAUGGCUUCUCAGCCGUGUUUAUUUCCGGUUCUGUAUAGACCUAGUGAACCGGUGGGGCUGCGGUUCAUGACUUUGACUCCCGGUUCGGUUCCAAGAAUGUAUCAUUCGACGGCAAAUUUGUUGCCGGACGGGAGGGUUUUGCUCGCCGGAAGCAACCCACAUUAUUUCUACAAGUUCAACGCUGAGUUUCCGACUGAAUUGAGGAUCGAAGCAUUCUCCCCGGAGUAUUUGUCGUCGGACAAAGCUAAUAUACGGCCGGUUCUAGUUGACCUACCGGAGAAAGUGGGGUAUGGAGAAGUGUUCACGGCGGCUGUCACAGUGGAGCUUCCGGUGGUGGGGGUGAUUGAGGUGAAUUUCGCCAGUGCACCGUUCUCAACCCACUCCUUUUCUCAAGGACAGAGGCUGGUGAAACUAACGGUGACAAGCCCGGUUCCUGAUGGUGCCGGUAAUUAUAAGAUAACAUGCACGUCGCCUCCUGGUGGAAGGGUGGCACCUCCAGGUUACUAUAUGGUUUUUGCAGUUAACCAAGGGGUCCCAAGUAUUGCGCGGUGGGUGCAGUUAGGAUCUUAA